AUGCGACAAUCAGAGUAUAAAAAGAGAUUUGACCCUGAAUUGGGUAGUUUUACAAAACAACAUAUUUAUGGCGAAGGAAUAACAGAUGUUUUUAAAUCGUUUGGAUCAAAAUUAUUUGGAAAGACAAUUAAAAAAGCUGCUAAAAAAGGCGUUGAAAAAGCAGUAACAGCAGCCGCAACAAAAACCGGUGAACAUGUUGGCAAAAAGGCCGGUGAUAAAAUAGUGCAAAUGUUAUCAAAGGGGGAAGCCCCCAAAACCCCCCUGCUGGGGGGAGUGCCUCCCCCCAAAACCCCCCUGCUAAACCCCCCUGCUAAAAAAAUAUCUCAAAAAGAGAUAGAUCAAAUGUUGAUUAACCUUCUUAGUGGGGGUUCAACACGUAAGAGAAAAUUAUAUAAUUAUUAAAAUAAAAUGAAGUCUUUUAGAAAUCCAAAAUAUUUAGAUAGAUAUGAGGAUGUUGUUUAUGACCUGGAACAGACUUUAGAUGCGGCUCCAGCAAAUAACGCUCACCAAACUAAAACAGGUCUUAGAUUUGUAGUUGAUAACACAGGAGAAUCCACUCCUUUUGACUGGUAUAACGCACGAUUAUCAAUGGAUUUUAAAGUAAAUAAGCUGGCAGAUGGAGGAAACAUUGCGCUUGCUGACCAUAAUGGAAUUGUAAAUGGUAGUAACUCCUUUAUAGAAAAAUUAAGUAUCAUAGCAAAUGGUCGAGAAGUUUAUAGUUGUAAUUAUGCGAAUCAUGUUGUAAAUAUUAAGAAUUUACUUAAGUAUAAUCCUUCAUAUGCCCAGAGUGUUGCUACAAACGAAUUUUAUUUUCUUGAUACUUCAAGAGCGGCAGAGGAAAGACCUGCUCAAGCAACUUAUAAUAAAGGUUUUCAUAGUAGGAAAUUACUAUUAGGCGCAUCAGCCACAGUAAACUGUGAAAUUCCUCUUAACAGAUAUUCUUUCUUUGAAGCAUUGGAAGAUAAACUACUUCCUAAUACAAAAAUUGAGUUAAAUAUCGAGAUUGAAAAAGAUGCGAAUUUAAUUUUUAAAGCUGCUGAUGAUUGUAGAGUUAUUAUAACAAGACUACAACUUUUUAUUCCAAAACUUACGUUUAAUUCAGAAGGACAAAAGUUGUACAUGGAAAAUUAUCUUAAACCUUACAAAUGGACAUAUUUGAAUGAAGUAGUUGAAAGGUCAAAUAAUACACAGCAACAGACAGGACAUUUUAGAAUUACAAAUGCUAUUUCAAAGCCAAGGCAUGUAUUUGUUUUUGGAAUUGAUACAGCAAGAAUUGAUUCACAAACAGCAAAUCCAUUUGUAUACGACACUUUUGAUCUGCCAAAUAAUGCUAAUAUAUCAAGAUGUUAUCUGGAAGUUGCAAAUGGAAACGAAUACCCAGAUAUUCACUUUAAACCUUCUACAGAUAUGUCAAGAGUUUUUAGAAAUGUAAUGUCAUACGUCUAUGCAAAUAAUGAUUAUCAAGGCGGAACAUUACUUAAUCGAGGUAAUUUCAAAACUUUAUUUCCUUUUGUGUAUUUUGAUUUGACUAAACAGAAAAUGGAUAUAAAGGAUGGAGUUACAAAAUUAGCAUUUCAUUACGAAUUAACUGCUAAUCCAAACGCUGACUACAAUAUUUACGCGCUAGUUUUACACGAAAGAAUAGCAGAAAUAUCACAACAAGAUGGAAAACUAUUGCUUAGAGCGUAGGGUGGGGGGACUGCGUCCCCCAAAACCCCCCUACGACCCCCUCCCUUGGCUACAAUGAGAUAGGCAUUUUUAUCAAACUUUCUAACACUUUGAUAGUGAACUAGAUAACUGCUAUCACUUUGAUAUACGUGGCGAAUAAAUUGUUGUGAAUGGGGGGAUUGCAGGGCCCUCCCCCCAAAACCCCCCUACUUCUAAAAAAAUACUAUGAUGUAAUGGGGGGAUUGCAGGGCCCUCCCCCCCAAAACCCCCCUGCUUCUAGAAGGUUCUAAUGACAAAGCAAUUAGAUUUUGAAGAUAAAAUCUAAUUAUAUCAAACGGGGAAACCCCCUCCCUUCGUAGCGCCGCGUGAGGUUACACGUGGGGGAAAACACCCCCCAUAACCCCCUUUCCUUGUCUACACCACGUAAAAUAAGAUUUUUAAUAUAAACAUUAAAAUAAAAUGACUUCUUAUAUUGAAUACGGAGUAAAACUUUCAGAUGGACAGAAGUCAAAACUAGCUUCUGCGAUAAUAAAUCAGUCACCUUUGACUCUUCGGUUAAAACAUUCGCAUCUUAGAGGAAAUGAUGAGUUAAUGUUGACAAAAAGACAGAUUGAUAAAAUAAAAAAAUCUAUUGCAAAUGGCACAGGAUCUGAUAUAAAGAUAAGUAAAACUCAAAUUAGAAAAUCUGUGAAACACGGAGGAAACUUAUUUUCAUCACUCGCAUCUCUUGGAGCAAAAGUUCUUCCUUUCGCAAUAAAAGGAAUUUCAAAAGCUGUUCCCGCAUUAGCAACUGGCGCUGCUACUGCACUUGGUGAAAUUGGGCUAAAUAAAAUAUUUGGAAAGGGGGGAAACAGCCCCCAUACCCCCCUUCCUUUACAAGGAAUCCCGAUUCCCCCAGAGUUUUUCCCAAUGCUACCAAAUAUUGUAAGAGAAUUUACCAAAUCACAAAUAAAUCAAAUUAACAAAGCUUAUCAAUCAGGUAGUGGAGUAGUUAUAAAACCAACUCGUAAACAGAUAGAAGGAGGAUUUUUAGGUACUCUUGCUUCUAUUGGCAUUCCAAUAGCAAUUAGUUUGGUAUCAAAGAUGCUUGGUGGGGGACUUCAGGUUGACAGACGUGGAUCAUCUAAUACAGCAAAUGUUUACGUGCCGCCCACACAUGGUACAGGUUAUCCAUAUCAAUCACCUCCUUUUAUUGGUACAUGGUCCAACCCUAUAGGAAUGGGAGUUAAAAAAAAAAAAGCCGGCAGGCCGUCCAAAGGUUCAGGACUACUUCUAGGAAAAAACAGCCCAUUCAACUCAAUUCCCAUACUAGGAACAAUUCUAUAGUGGGGGCCCUUAAUCAUUCUCAGCUCCAUUUUGUAAUUAAACCUCUAUCCAACUUUGACCUAAUGGAAUGGAUAAAAAGACUUGGUAUAAAAAAUUUUAGAGGAAUAUACAGUCGUGAUGGAUUACCAAAAAAGAUUAAAAAAGAAUGUGGAAUAAUCAAUCUCGAUGAUAUAACAGGACCUGGAACACACUGGGUUUGUUAUAGAAAUGGGGAUGGGGGAAAACUACUCAAGCCCUUCGGGCACCCCCCAAAACCCCCUUUCCUCUCAGCAUAUAAUGAAAACCCCCCCUGCUGGUGGGGAGAGUGGUUUUUAUGAGUAUUUCGAUCCGUUUGGUCUGAUAAUGCCAAACGAAGUAUUAGACUAUUUUCACACGGGAUCUGUAAAACCUAUUGUGUACUCAAUGGAUGAAAUACAAAAUCGCAGCACUGUUCUAUGUGGAUAUUGGUGUUUAUACUACUUAUUCGAGAGACAAAAAGGUAAAGGUAUUCUAGAUGUAAUACAUAACCCUCAUUUUGAUAAUGAUAACAGCGAUUUUAUACAGGAAUAUUUUGGCGGGUGAACCUACGGUUCCCCCGAAACCCCCUCCCUUGGCUACGCCGCGUAAUGUAAAAAUAAUAUUUAACAAAUAUUAUUUUUUUAUUCACUAUCAGCUGGUGUAUUCUUUAGCUGUUUAACUUUCUCAACUUUUGUAUUUAGAUCUUUAACACUAUCAACUAUAUCUAUGAAAUUAGAAUAAAUAUCAAUAAGACGAUAAAGUUUCUUCUUUUUAUCACUAUUUAGUCCCAACCAAGAAUAUUCCUCGUUUCUUAUUUUUUUCCACAUCUCACAUUCACCAACCAUCAGAACUCUAGAAAGAUCUUCGUUUUUCUUUCUAAGAGACUCCAGCUCAUUAUAUAUUUUUACCCUUACUUCUUUCUCGUAAUCCUUGAUUGUUUUAACAUCCAUAUUUUUUUCAAUCUCAGAAAAGAAUUUAGCUUCCAUUUAUUAUAUAAAUAUAUUUUUUAUCUAAACAUUAUAUUAAAUGAAAGAAACUUAUUGUAUUAAAGAUAAAAGAGUAACUCCUUGUACAGAGCCAAGUGGUUACCAACAAGAUAAAAGAGGUAGAACUCAAUUCUUCUGUCACUGUGCAGUUUGUGGAAUUAAAAAAGUUAGAUAUGUUAAAAUGGGGGGAGUGCCUCCCCCCAUAACCCCCCUGCAAACUGGAAGUGGAAAAAGAAAAACUAAAAAGAAGUCAAAAAACUAAUUAGCCCGUCUGAAGGGGCGGGCGUCUUUGAUACUGUUGUUGGCACAGCAGUUGAUGGAUUUGUACAUUACGGGCUUCCUUGGAUGGGUAAAAAAGCAGUUGAAAUGGGGCGAUAUGGAGCAAGUGAGUUAAUCAGAAACAAAAAUCUUCAGAAGAAAGCUGUAAAUUAUGGAAUUAAUAAACUCACCCCAUUUAUUCAAGAUUCUGUUGGAACAGCCAUGGAUGAACUAUCAACAAAAGUGAGGCCAAAUAAAAAGUAUAAAACUGACAGACCAGAAUUAGACCGAAGGAUUGGAAAAGGAAUUGAUGUUCACAAGCAGAUUGGUAAAUUACCAAAACCAAAAGGUGGAUGGACAUUGCCAGGGCAUAAAUAUACAGGCCCUUAUAAUGAUCUCGAAAACCAAGUAAGAUAUGAUCCGGAAACCGGCGAAAUAUUAGAAAUUUAUGAUCAACCAACUGGGCCAACCGAUGCUGUUGCCAUGCAGCAUGACGUAGAUUAUAGUGUUUGUGGGGAUGACCGAAAGUGCAAAAAUAAGGCAGACAGAAAGAUGGUAAAAUCCUUAGAUGCUAUUCCUUGGAAAGAAAGACAAUGGGGGCAUACUUUAGCUAGAACAAUAAUUAAUACCAAACAAAAACUUGGACUUGGUUUAAACGCGAGUCGGCGUUGA